AUGGAUAUCAAUGCCUUGCUGUCGCCAUCAGAGUCGCCGGUUAAACAGCAGGCUUCAGCACAGUCAAAUCCCGCAGCGCCUGUCAGGCCGAGGGUGCAGCCACGUCCUGCUGGUGGUAGACGUACUGCAUCGGGUCUCAGCAAUGAAAUCUCCAUGACCUCGCCGCCACCUGAGCCACCGCGGUCAGCACCUGUGCCAGGACAAGAUUCUGCCAAUCAACAUCAGAGGAACGCAUAUGCCUCCGCAUACAACGGCGGCCAGGACAUGAGAAACUUUAGAAGUCACGACGCUCCGGAUUUGAGAAGUGCACACGCAACGCCGCAGGGCUAUCGACCACAACUUCAAUACGUCUCCGGUCGGCAUUCUUCGACGCCCCAGAUGGAGACUCUGGCAGAUCUUGCUUCAAUGCAACAUCACCAACUACAAAGACAGCACUCCCUGGUUGAUUCACAAUUACCAUCCAUCUUUGCUCCUCCACUUGCCCGCUCUGCUCUUUCUUCCACCCAGGUUGCCAUGGCCGAAGCCCCGGCGCAAACGCCUGAGCCGCGUGCAAUCACGGCUGCCUCACUGACUGAACAGGAAAUUCAGACCAUCACUGAACUGGUCAAGUAUCUGGCCGAAAACUCUUAUGCUUACGAUUCUCACGUACAACUCAUCAACCUUCUCCACAAAGGCUUUGUUGCCCAUGUCUACGGCACUUCGAAUGUGGUCAUCAACGACCCGAGAGAUUACACCCUGCUUUCUGAUAUGCGACAAGCACGCGAGGCUAUGGACUCUCGGUUCGCUGUUGGAGAAGACAUCUGGAAAGACUGGAUCAAUGACGAGGCCAUCCUGGCCCGUCAAAGUGAGNAACGUGUUGCUGUUAUGGACUUGUGUCAAAAAGCUGUCCAAGAAGAACCCACCAGUGUCACCCUCUGGUCCAUCUAUGGCGAGUGGGUUAUGCAGACCUAUUCUAUCGCAAAUGGUUUCACCGAAGGAGAUCCCAAUAUAUGGACCGAUAUAGACAAGGAAAUCUGCAAGGAAGUCUUCAGUCGCGACAUCUGCUUGAACGUUUGGGAAAGAGCUGUCGAGGCCACAGCUUGGCGUGUAGAUGAAAGCCAUCGUAUAUGGGAUCGCUACAUCGACCUUGUGCUACAGGAGUUUCCGGAAAAUCCAUCGUCUCAGGCGAUCGAGCAUAUUAACAACAUCUUCAUGCGCCGCCUACGGACUCCGCAUGCAAACUGGUCCGAGACUUCCUCUAGAUUCUGGCCUAUCGUCUCAAAAUUCAAUGCGAACAACUGGGAGGAAAUUAUGGCCGCUACCAACGAAAUGGCCGCCCCUGCUAAACAACAAUUCGCACUUCGAGAAUCCCACGAGCAAAACUUGCAGCGAGCAGCCGAAUCUGGCGACAAGAUUGCCCUGUACAAUGCUUUCGCCGAAUACCUCGUCUGGGAUCGAAAGAACAAACGUCGCUCACCAUUCGAUUUUGAGCUGCGGUGCUCUUUAUACGAGAGAGCUCUUNUGCGCUUCCCUACUGUUAUCGAGUGGUGGCUUGAUCUUGCCGAUUUCGUGUUGAAAACCAACUCACAUAGUCCCAUCAUCUUGACGAUCUUGGAAAGAGCCACUAGACAUUGUCCAUGGUCUGGCGACUUGUGGUCAAGACGUGUCCUGCGGGCUGAAGUCGACAAGCUUGCUUAUGAUGAAGUUGAGCAAGUCAAGCACAAGGCUACCAACAGUGGUCUUCUCGAUAUUGGCGGCAUGGAAGAAGUCCUCAAGGUGUAUUCUUCAUGGUGUGGUUACCUUCGCCGCAGAGCUUUCGCGCCAGAUAACACGGAUGACGAGAUUGACAUGGCCGAUAUGGGUAUCACAGGAACUCUUGAGGAUGCCAGUGUUGCUGGCAAGAAGAUCUACGGCAGUGAUUACAAAGGCGAUCCUCUUUUCCGUCUAGAGAAGAUCCGCGUCAAGUUCCUCUUAGAGGCUCGACGUUAUCAGGAUGCAAGAUCAGUGUUUGAGCGUUUGAGGACUACUCACGCUGCCAGUGCUGAUUUCUGGCUCUUCUGGUAUCAGAUCGAGGUCUUGAUGUGGGCUCACGAGCGUAUGACUGACUCAAUUCGCAUCGAGACGCCUGAAACAGCACCUCACAGUGCUACUUCUGUUCUGCGCGAAGCUCUGCAGCAAAGAAAUCUCGACUGGCCAGAAAAGAUUCUUGAAGUCUGGGCAAGCCACUUUUCACAGCAUGAGACUCCUGAAGCAUUGCAGGAAGCUCAGGCAGACGCUCGUACUGCACAGUUCUUUUGUCCCAGAGACGGGCUAGGGAAGCAGCUGAUGCUGCUGCAACUGCCGCUGCCGCUGCUCCCGAACCACAAUCUCAAGCGAACGGCCUCGAGACUAUCUCGGAAGAGGCGUCGACCACGUCUAAGAGGAAACGCGAAAACGAAGUCGAGCAAGAAGCUGAAGNAUACUGUCAAAAGAAAUAAGACUGGAGAACAAGACACAACUAAUCCUCCGUACAACGAAGUGUCAGCUUCGGCCUCAGCUCAGAUCAAACGCGACAGAGAGCACAACACAAUCACCGUCAAGGACCUGCCAAGCAAUGUCACAGAGAAGCGCGUACGACAAUUCUUCAGCGACUGUGGAACGAUUCUCUCCGUCGGAAUAGUGACAGACGACAAUGCCUCAACUGCACACGCCACUAUCGAGUUCGAAACUAAAGAUGAUACACUCUCAGCGAAGACUAGAGACGGAAAGUCUUUCGAUGGCAACACCAUCCGCAUACAGUCUGGAACACUUUCAACCCUUUACGUGACGAAUUAUCCUGCCGACUGGGAUGAAGUCAAGAUCCGUGAACUGUUCCAGGACUUUGGCACCAUCGUCAGUGUUCGCUUGCCGUCACUCAAGUACAGCCAACGACGCCGCUUCUGCUAUGUGCAGUUCCUCACGCCAGAAGAAGCCCGUGCUGCUACAGUCAUGGACGACAAAGCCGUUGACGGCCAGCACCGUCUUGUUGCUAAGAUCUCUGACCCUGAUGCCAAAAAGGUCCGCUCGGGUGCUGUGACCGAGGGACGGGAGUUGCAUGUCGCCAACAUUGACUUCACCGCUAGCGAGUCGGAUAUCCGCGAUCUUUUCAAAGAGCACGGCACUGUUGUGAGCGUGCGCAUGAUCAAGAACCUGCAAGGCAGAUUCUUUGGCACAGCCUUCAUUGUUUUCUCCAAGCCCGAAGAGGCUGAAGCGGCAAUGGCGCUGAACAACAAGCCUUUGAAGUCUCGCCUUAUCCGUGUCACUCUAGCAACGGACAAGAGUUCAGCAAAGAAAGACGUUGCAACCACAGUCAUUCAACACAACGUGAGCGGAUCUCCUGCGCCAGAGGGCAGUCAGAACGGCACUGGCGAAGCAGCCAAUGGACGCAGAGGAUCCGCCGCACCUCAGGAGCUCAACGAUGAGACUGCUGUGACAGCACGUGAGCGCAAGCUGGCUCUGCUCAACCUACCCGAUACAGUCAACGAUGCCCGCAUACAAUCUUUCCUUGAAAAUUUUGGUCCACUACGCAAGAUUACUGUCCGUCGCGACAAGGGAGGUGCUAUGGUCGAAUUCGUGAACCUUCAGGAUGCCGGCAAAGUCAGCCUGGGAGUCGACUGCAGCCCUCUGGGUCCAGAAGUGCGCAUUGGCACCGUCGAGGAGCUUAUCUACAAAUCCAAGGCCAAACCUGUAUCCGAUCAAACUUCCAAGUCCGCCACUUCCUUCAAGCCUGCCCAAGCCGGUAUCUCGAGACCUGCACAGAGAAGCGGUCAAGGCAGACGUGGCGGACUCGGCUUCAAGCGUGGUGGCGGAUUUGCUGCUAGUUCUGCAAAGUCGCCCGAAGGAGAAGACAAGGUCAUGGGCGGUACUGGCGAGAUGGACACCAAGCCAAAGAGCAACAAUGACUUUAGAGCAUUGUUCAACAAGGGAAAGGAGCCUGAUGCCACUGCCGAGGAGAAGCAGGAAUAA